AAUUUUUGUUCGAUGAUUCUUCUACACGUGUCCUCUCCGGUCUUCUGAUUUAGGUACCUAUGUUAAAACAAAUUCUCAUCAUAAGGAAAUUACAAUUCAUAAAAUUAACAGGCGAUCAAAAAAGGAGGAAAAGUUGUUGUUUUGGGGUUAGGGCCCAAGGGCUAAAGCCAGCACUGAUUCAAACCACACUACAUCUUUUAUUUAAUUCAACAAAUCAACAAGACAAGACAAACUCAACUCACCGAACAUUAACCUUUGCAUGUAGAAGUGGAUUGAUUUAACCUCCCCCACAGACACAAUAGUCCAUAUAAAUCCAACCUACAAGUCCAAAUUAUUUAUUUGUGCCUUUAAGCGAUGUUUACACACAUUUUUAUACUAUUUCCAAUUUUGUUCAUAUCAGUGGUUGGCGAGCCGGAUUUCAAAGUAUGGGGGCCCGGCUUGAAGCCUCACACCAUUGUAAUGCCGGCUCGCUACUUUUUCCUUCAAAGCUUUAAUGAAAGUUGUAAUUUAAAAGAUUUGGAUGUAGAAAUCGAGGGUACCUCCCCUGAAAAUCAACGGUGUAGAAUUUGGAAGAAUAUUCUGUACACGCAUAAUUGCCUGUUCAUAAUAAGGUACAAAUUGUACAACACUUGUGACAAUCUAAGAAUCAGUAUUAAAUACGGCGAUCGGGAGCAAACGUAUGAAAUAAAAACUCGGGUUUAUCCAGAAGACUGUAACUGUCCCAGGAAAGACGUUGGUCAUUGGUUAAAAGAUUGGAACUGUGGUUCGGUUCCAAAGCAAAUACUUAAGGAUCUGGCUAUGUUUAAAACGGUCAACUUUGAUACCCUGCGAGAAAAAAUUCUAGAAAAGUACAACCAACCGGGUGCAAUCAGCUUAUGCCAUUAUGUGGUGAAGAGCAACAACCUAUACCGGCGUUGUUACGGAAAGUAUGUGGGGUUUAAAAUGUUUAUGGAUAGCAUACUGCUUUCACUAUCGCGCAAAUUCCUACUUCCGGAUAUUGAGUUUUUCGUUAACUUAGGCGAUUGGCCUUUGGUUAAAGAUGCAAAAGACAGCUUUCCCAUAUUCUCAUGGUCCGGUAGUACGGAUACUUUCGACAUAGUAAUGCCUACAUAUGACUUGACAGAGUCGACUCUAGAAAAUAUGGGCAGAGUGAUGUUGGAUAUGUUAUCUGUGCAAGGUAAUGUUGAUUUCCAAUGGGAGGACAGAAUCUCCAAAGUAUUCUGGAGAGGGAGAGAUUCCAAUCGUGAACGAUUACAUUUAAUUACCCUUUCAAGAGAAUACCCUCAUUUAUUCAACGUAUCCUUGACUAAUUUCUUUUUUUUCCGCGAUGAAGAGGACAAGUAUGGGCCAAAGACAGAGCAUGUAUCAUUUUUUAAAUUUUUUGAGUACAAAUACCAAGUGUGUAUUGACGGUACCGUUGCCGCAUACCGUUUACCGUACCUUUUAGGGGGAGGCUCCUUGUUAUUCAAGCAAGAAUCAAAAUACUACGAACACUUUUACAACGAUCUUAUUCCCAACACCCAUUUCAUGACAGUUAAGCGUGAUUUGUCAGAUUUAGUAGAAAAAGUUAAUUGGGCGGUCGCAAAUGACGAUAAAGCUAAAGAAAUAGCGAAUGCGGGACGGUCCUUUGCCAUUGAAAAUCUUCUACCAAAAAAUAUAUUUUGCUAUCAUGCCUUUUUAUUGAAUGAGUUUUCUAAAAGACUUACAAGUAAAAUUACAGUAUUAAACGAUAUGGAAUUGGUAGAGAAUACGUCUGGUGACUGUCACUGUGAUAAAACUAAUAAAGAUGAAUUGUAAUAUUCCAUUAUUUUUUGUACGUAUGUUCUACGUUAUUUAAGAUUAAAUCUAAUUCAUGAAGGA